AUGGAUAAUCAAAGAUCAGAUCAAAAUACGUCUUCGAGUAACGUGGAUCUUGAUGAAUGUCAGAAAUGUCACCUGAUUGAAAAAGAACAACCAGUAUAUAGUAUCGAACGUGAUCUUUUUCGUCAAGAUGAUUCAAUGUUGCAAUCGUAUUAUGUGGUAGAUGAAUAUAAUAAUGACUCUCAGCCGUUAGUUCGAUGUGUCUUAGCAGACUGGGGUUGUUUGGAGCAGGUGGCAGAAUGUCAACUCCAUGAUCAUUAUUCAAGUGAAAUUCAUAAACGAUGCCUCUUGGCAAGUAUUCAUUAUCAUGUUAUGAUAUCUCACUUAGAUCAAGAUCCGAACACACAGACUGACGUUGAGCAAUCUACCAUCAUGAUGAGCGAUACGGAUGUGGCUUCAUCAUCAAUAAAAUGCGACAAGACCGUACAAUCAGUGAAUGAGUUAUAUGAAAAACAUAAUAAAUUGUAUGAAACUAUGGCUAUUCUAACUGACGGCAUCCAGACGUAUUUGGACGAUACAACAAGACUGACUAAUGAGCUCUCUAACAUAAAGCCUAUUGUUGAUACUUAUCGACAAGAGUUGAUGAAAUUUAAACAAUCAGAGCAAGAACAAGCUGCGCCAGUUAAUGAAAUACAAAUGAAUCAACAAAUAAUGCAACAAAAUUUGACGGAAUUAUCACAGAUUAUAGAGAAUGUACAGUCAACAUCAUAUGAUGGAACGUACAUUUGGAAAGUGAAAAAUGUUAGAGAGUUGAUGCUACGUGCGCAAUCCAAACAUCAACCGAGUAUUUAUUCGCCACCAUUCUAUUCAUCUCCUACAGGAUACAAAAUGUGCAUGAGAUUAUAUUUGAAUGGUGAUGGUAUUGCUCAAAGUACACAUAUUUCUCUCUUUUUUGUUGUGAUGCGAGGGGAGUAUGAUGUAAUCUUAAAAUGGCCAUUUCAUUUCAAAGUCACCUUUUGUCUGCUCGAUCAAUCGGGACAACAACGACACAUUAUCGAUUCAUUUCGUCCCGACACAAAAUCUGACUCAUUUCAAUUACCUAAAACACAAAUGAAUAGUGCAUCGGGUAUACCGAAAUUCUUUCCAUUAUCAAUGAUACAGCAAGAAGGAAGUGAUUAUUUAAAAGAUGACACCAUGUUUAUUAAAUGUAUCGUAAACUUUAAUGAUUUUCCAAAACUGAUGUUGCCAUAUUCAUUGAGUCUGAAUCCGGGUCUACCCGAUGAAGUUCAAAAACAAAUGAUCAACAGUGAAUUAGAACGACGACAGCAACAAUAUAAUCAGCAGACAAUUGGGACAUCAGCACCAAAAUGCGCAAACUCAUGCGCUUAA